UAUGGAUUUGUGUGUGUUGUGACGGGAGCGUCCCAGGCUGUCGGCCAGGCCGUUAUCCACGAGCUGGCCGCGCACGGUGCCGCAUCCAUCUAUGCCUGCGACAAGGCUGCUAGCUCUGAUGCAUACAAGGAUCUGGUUGACAGUGUAGCUAGCCGACAUCCCAACACCAAAGUCAUCCCAUACCCAUUCAGCGUCGCCAAGGAGGACGAGACUCUGGCCCUGAUCGAUGAGCUUCUCAACACCUUCGGCCGGCUCGACAUCUGGGUCUGCUCCUCAGGCUUCCUCGGCCCGCCGUCCAUCUCGGACACGACCCCAGAUGUGCUGCAGAAGUGCUUCGAGUCCCAGUCCCUGGCGCCCUUCUUCGCGCUCAAGUAUGCGUCGCCCGCCAUGGCCAAGCUCUGCGCCAAGCAGUCGUACCCAAACGCGGCGCCCAAGGCCCAGGCAUAUGGCUCCAUCGUGGUCAUCGGAUCGGUGGCCUCGACGUACGGAGGGUGCUGGGGUCCGUGCCAUACCAUGAUGGCACACGCCAGUCUCGGCGUGGUGCGCGCGGGCGUGAGCGUCCUCAAGGGCACCGGGGUGAGGAUCAAUUGCAUCUCUGCAGGGCAAAUCGAGACUGGAGUCGAUCUCAAGGGGGUCGACAUGCGAGGAAUGAAUGUCCAGUUUCCUCCAGCCGAUCUUCAGAGCAAGGAAGUUCAACACGCUACGAUCGGACUGGAAAGAGCAGGCCAUCCACAAGAGGUUGCUCGAGUGGCAGGCUUUCUUGCCAGUGGCUUCUCUUCUUACAUCACCGGUGCGAAUCUAGUGGUUGACGGCGGAGCUUCUCUGAAUCUUGCCGGCGUCAAGACUGUUUUAGUGUUGCGCACCUAG